AAUUUGUGCGUGCGUGGGUUGGUGAGUUGGUAGGGAUAAAAAGGAAUUAAAGUUUUGAGCGGAUUAAAGCUAAAAAGCAGCUCAUUUUAGCGCUUUUAGGUGGCUUUGGUUUUACUUUUAUCUCAACCAAUGUUAAUUGUCAACUCGAAUGUCAAUUUUUUUGAAAUUGGGAUUUGAGGAAUCUGUGAAUUUGCUAUGGUUUUUUCAUUUUGAAAAAGAAAACUGUAAAUCUUGAAGGAGUGAGACCGUUUACCCUUAUCCUCGGCAAUCGUCAGUCUUGUGACUUUGUUGAUAGCGGCUGCUCAUGCUCAGGAAGAAGGGGGGGCUCUGAUCCCAGCAGUCAUUUGGAGCUGUGUCUUUUCUUCCCUCUGCCAAGCUGUAAUGAAGUCGUCACGGAUCACUUUGGUCUAUUCAAGAGAAGUUCGGUGUAGCUGCUUGUUGUAGGCUAACAAAUGGAUGCUAUCGUGUUGCUGAGAGAGCUGAUGCAAUUGCCUCGACAAAGUUUUUGUCGUCCAUAAGGCUCCAUUAACAUAGGCAUCAAUGCAUGCUAGGAGCAACAUGGGAUUUCAUUCAAAUUGUGGUGAGUCAUAUGAUUCAAAAUCAAGUAAAGUAAAUAUUGGUUUGUCACCCCAAAUGAAACAGAGGACGAAACUGGGAUCCAUUUUGAACUUGGAGGAAUACGAGGAUGGUCUACAUCCACAAGCUGUGAAGGCUGCAGAAAAAUCUAAAGGUUUUCAUCAGAAGAAACAUGGCGAAACCAAGUUAUGCAAAAGUGAAGAAGUUGUUAGGUACAUGUCAUGUUUACCUAGUUAUUUGGAGAGGGGAGAAAAUCCGGAGAAAGCAUUCAACAUUGGGGUCCUUGAUUGGAGUCAACUAGAGAAGUGGCAGCAUAACAAUGCUGAUGUCUUUGGUAUAAAUGCCAAACCUUCACCUUCCAGUAGUACCUCUUCAUCAUUUAUCCCCUCCAAUGUAUCAUCGUCACGUCCUGGCAGGGAUACCGGUUUGUCUCAUCAUCAUCGUGAACUAAUUCGUCCCUCAACUUCAACUGGAGUCCCAUCAAGUGGCUUAGAGCUACUUACUGGGCGUGGAGGGGAACUCCCCAAGCGCAGGAAUGACUCGAAAGAUCUCUUACGUCUGCAGCAGGAUUUGUUGCAAGCAACUCAGUCUUCUAAGCAGGACAGUGCUAACAGGCAAAAAGAUAGCAGAAGCCUAGACCUGGCCCUGCCAAAAGUUACUAAGAUCAGAUCGUGGCCUUCUGAUACAGAUAGCAUCAUAUCUGGUUCUAAAGGGAAUGGCACCCUUCGGAAAGGGGAAGCUUCAAAAGCCAAAGAGCAGGUUCCCAAUUCUGCCAUCAGCAGUCUUGAUUUCUCUGGAAGAUGCAAAACAACAGUCCCCAAGUUAACAAAUGAUCCAGGACAGAGACAUUUUGCUGCACUUCAUCAAUCUGAUUCAUCUGAAGGCAACAGAAACCGAUUGCUGGAAGAAAAUCAGUUUCAUGCAGGACCUGACACGAAGGUCCCUCAUAAUGAUUUGAGAUCUAAAAAUAAUCGGUUCUACUCCGUUUUCAGUGAAGAAGGCAAGACAAGGGACUCACAAGUAGAGAAAUCUUUCAUGGAAGUAAGGCCCCUCAACGCCCUGUCUGGUGAAGAACAAACAAUCCCGUUUACUCAAAGUGUGUCAAUAAGUCCUGCUAGAAGGAAGAAUCUGGAAAAGAAGAACUCAGACUCGAAGCCAAGAAACUUAGCUCAAGAUGAAAUUCUCCAGAAAGUUGAUGGCUUGGAAUCAACCAAGGUCAGGAAUCCCUCACCAACUCGAAGAUUCAGCUUUGGCAUCAGUAGAGUUGGCAGGAGUUCCAACUCAAACUCGUCAGAUAUACCAAAACAAGUUAUAAAUUUACCUGAUUCAAAGGCUACUUCUACUUCAGCUUGCUCAGAUCAUUCUGGUGAAAAAUCAAAUGCUAAUAGCAGAGCCAGAUCUAGUCCGCUGAGAAGGCUACUGGAGCCCUUAAUGAAGCCAAAGGGUGUUGAAUCUUGUAAGUUUGCUCGAUCAUCUGAGAGAAAUCCAUCAGCAAGGGACAGGAGCUUGAAGUCGUCCGCUGGCCAAAGAGAAUCUCCAUCUUUGCUAUCAGUUAAAGAAACGGUAGAUAUAAACUGUUUCAGCAAGGAUGAUAGAUCACGUUGUACGCGGACGAACGGAGCAUCACCAAUGCAAGCUUUUCUGCAAAUAGCUGUAACAAACGGUCUUCCUCUGUUCACAUUUACAGUUGAUAAUUGCCGUGAUAUUUUAGCAGCAAAGGUUAAAGAAUUAAGCUCAAAGGAGAAUAUGUGCGGAUGGAUCUAUACAUUCUUCUCUUUCCGUGAAACUAAGAAAAAACAUGCUCAGUGGAUCAACCAAGGAAGCAAAGACAAUAACCAUGGUGUUGUAUCAAACAUUGUUGCACAGAUGAAGGUAUCUGACAUUGUGGACACUGAUGCAACUGGGACUAGGCACGAUAAAUCUAGUGGAAAAGAGUUUGUUCUGUCGGCUGUGGGAUCACGAGAGGCAGAUCAGAUGGCAGACUGUUUGCCAUGCGACGAGCUUGCUGCUAUUGUGGUAAAGAAUCCAGAAAGGGUUUGUGAACAGUUAACCCAAUCAACAGGAGGCUUGAAAGAGCCAUUUCAACGAAGCAUACAUCGUUCAAGUUCAGGGAAUGAAUCUGGAAGUGAUGGCCCUUUUAGCACAACGGUCAUCCUUCCUGGCGGUCAUCAUGGGGUGCCUAGCAAAGGAGAACCUUCAACGCUGAUCAAAAGAUGGAAAUCGGGAGGAUCAUGCGAUUGUGGAGGCUGGGAUUUGGGCUGUCAACUAACAGUCCUUACUGGCAGAAAUAAGUCAAGUCAGAGAUUCAGCUCAAUCAAAUCCCACCAUUCAAGUGCUGUGAAGCUGUUCUCUCAGGAAGAAGGCGAACGACCCAUGUUUACCUUUUCGCCAUUCAAGGAAGGGAUCUUCUCAAUCGAGUUUGAUUCAUCACUCAAACUGGUACAAGCAUUCUCCAUCGCUAUUGCAGUUGUGCACAGCGGGGGAUCAGUCUUGUUAUCAUCAAGUGUGGUCGGAGAAACCGAAAACAGUGUGUCGAAAAUCAUGGAGGUUGCUGCAAAAUAUGCCUCAAAUCCUCCUGUUUCCCCUGUUGCUAGAGUCUGAUAUUCUGCUUCUAAAGAUGAGUGGUAUUGAAGAAAUAAAUAUCGUUUUUCAUGGAAAAUGGCAUCUCUCAAUUUGGAAUUAGAAUUUCAAGGUAAUGUUGUCAGUUGAUUUAAGAUGAACAGAAUGGAUGUAAAAUCCGUUUGAUUUAUGAUAAGCAGAAUGGAUGUUAACUCCAUUCAAGAUUUAUAUAUCUA